AAGGAGAAAAAGGGCUGUCUAAUUUAAGGGCUCAAGUUUUGUUUGAAAGUGUGAUUCAAGUAAUUGCGCACACUCUCCCUCUUCCCCCCUUCCCCCCCCCCCCCCCCCCCCCCCCCACCACACCCACAAACCCACAUUAUAUUAUUCCUAUUUCAGCUCCCUGUUUUUUUCAGCUUAUUCACCAUAUUUCUUUCUGUCUCUCUCCUUUUUUCUAUUUCUCCCGUUUUCCACAUUUUCUCCUUCCAAUUCAAAUCUCUUCUUCUUCUUCUUCAAUUUUCUCUCUCCUCUGUAAAUUCAUGGAUUCUUCAUUCAUGAAGUUAUGCCGACAACUUCAGAGUUUGGCCAAGCUUUUCCGGUUUGUAGAGGUUUGUAUUCUUGUCAUAUUUCUCUCGUGGUUGUCAGCUCAUCUUCCUUUCGCCGUUAGAAUUUCCGGCGAGUAUUUUCGGAAACUUGUCUCUUUGAUUUUGUGUCCUACCUCAAUUUUUCUACUCGGAAAUGCUAUUGUGGUUACUCUUUUGGUGAAAUCCGGCUUGUUUUCCGGCGAUUGCUCGUCGUCAAUUGACAAUGCCGUCGCCGAACUUUACAAUGAGUUCCGAUCUGAAGAUGAUGAUGAUAUUCCUGUUUUGGUUAAGGAAGAGAUUGUUUACCAGGAUAAAGAGAUUAUUUGCGAGGAAAAUGUUAAAAAACCGCUGGUUUCUAAGGUUGUUCUGGAGGAAAUUAAACCGAAAGCGGUUUUUUCCGACGAGAAGACACCGGAAACGGUCUUUUCCGAUGAGAAGGAAGUGGAAGUCAAGGCGAGUUAUCGGCGGAGUCAAUCGGAGAAUAUGAUGAAGAGAGAGUGUGUAGAGAAUAAGCAGGAGAAGCUCCGACGAUCAGAGACGGAUAUUUACUGGAGAAGUUUGACCGGCGAUGAAUCGACGGCGGAGGAAUUGAUGGAAGAUGGAAUGAGUAGCGAUGAAUUCCGGCGAACGAUAGAGGCGUUCAUAGCGAAGCAGGUGAGUUUUCAUCGUGAAGAGCGGCUUUCUGUCGUUCUCCAUAGCCAAGCCUAGAAGAGAGAGUUAAAAAAAAAAGCAGAGAAUUGUUUUCCCAAAAAAACAAAAAACGAAAAAAAAAAAAGGAAUUGAGAUAAUUUCCUGAGUAAUUAUUUUUGUUUAAUUCCAGUUUUUAGGGGGAAGUUUUUCAGCUAAUUUCUGCUGCAAAACAUUUGUCAUUAUAUGAUGUCAGUGAUAUGGUAGUAGUAGUACUAAUGUACUAUUUGGACUAUGUAUAGUGAAGUGCUGCAACUUUGAUCCAAGAGUCUUCAAUUUCUGAGCUCCUUCUGUAACUUUUUUUUUAUUUUUAAUUUUUAGUAUAGUAGUCCUAGAACUUGAUUACUACGGAUUAGGAGUAUGUAUGAGUUUAAUAUGGUGGACAAUAUAUUCAUUGUCCGAGGGAGAUUAUUUUCGAAUAUAAUACUAAUUGGAAUUGUUAUUGGGAUA